AUGCGAGUCGCUGUUAUUGGAGCUGGUCCUGGAGGCCUAGCAGCCGCCAAAUAUCUCCAUGCCGAGAAGGCUUUUUCGGCAAUCACAAUAUUCGAACAGCGCGACGAAGUCGGCGGUGUAUGGUGUCACACCUCGUACAAUGCGGUUGAACAGGAUUUCGCCAUUCCUCAUACAAAACCUACAACGACAGCGGAGAAACCUGUCCCUACUAAAGAGACAAAUGGCGAGAUCAUUUUCCAGUCACCGGUAUACGAUCUUUUAGAAACAAAUAUCCCGCAUACUUUGAUGGGUUAUUCCGAUUGGAAGUUUCCGAAAGGAACGUGUUUGUUCCCUUCGCAUCAAGCGGUAAAGCAGUACCUUCAAGACUAUGCACAAGAGCUGCUGCCGUCUAUUGUGUUUCAUACGCAAGUCAUCGACGUACGGCUGCGAGAUGGACAGCUCGCAAAUAGUGGCUGGAAGGUUUCUGUAGAAGACCUGCGAACACAACAACGCUGCACGCAUGAUUUUGAUGCCGUCGUUGUUGCGAGUGGUCACUAUAAUGAUCAUUAUAUUCCUGAUAUUACCGGUGUGCAGGAAUGGAAUAGAGCAUACCCUGGCUCUAUUUCCCAUUCGAAGCAUUAUCGACGUCCCGAACAGUAUGCGAACCAGAAAGUCGUCGUGGUUGGAAAUUCCGCCUCAGGAAUCGAUGUCAGUGUGCAAAUAGCUGCUGCUUUGCAACAGCCACUCUUGCUCUCAGCGAGAAGCGAGUCACCACCUUAUCUGAGCAAUAACCCUAAAAUCAAGAUCGUCCCAGAGAUCGUUGAAUUCAUCACCUCCGAUCGCUCACUCCGUUUCUCAGACGGUCAUGUCGAGAAAGACAUUGACCAUGUCCUAUUCUGCACUGGAUAUCUCUAUACAUUCCCAUUUCUAUCAUCACUAACCCCUCCAGUGGAAGUCCCGAACGGAAGUCGGCUUAAUAACUUAUUUCAGCAUAUCUUCUACUACCCCCAGCCAACAUUGACAUUCAUCGGACUGCCACUGAAGGUUAUCCCCUUCCCGCUUUCCGAAGCCCAGGCCGCGGUCAUCGCACGGGUGUAUUCCGAUCGCCUGUCUUUACCAGCAUCAGACGAAAUGAAGGUAUGGGAAAUCGAUUGGAUUGCUCGCUACGGAGGGGACAAGAGUUUCAAUGUCCUCGGAUUUCCGGCGGAUGCGGAGUAUCUGAAUCAUCUUCAUCAUUGGAGUUUGCAGGCAGCUAGAAAGAGUGGGUUCGAUAAUGGCGGUCAAGGCAAGAUUCCUCCAGUAUGGGGAGAUGAGGAACAGUGGGUACGGGAAUUGACGCCUGCUAUUAAAGCUGCUUCUCAGGCUCUGGGUAGUAAGAGGAAGGAAAUACAGACACUGGGGGAGCUUGGGUUCUCUUUCGAGAAAGAUACAAAGUCGAAGAUAUAA